AUGAGCGGGAGUGCCCUCCAUGAUCGGACGGACUGGAUCCCAAGCCAGGGAUAUAUAUCAACUUCUUCGAGAGACAACCCGGUCUUUCGUGAGCUCUUCCAUCUGGCUGGACCCCUGCUUUUUUCAGCUAUGAUCAGGCCUCUCUGCUUCAGCCAUCGAAAGGGAGGUCAUUCAACAACGUCGAAAAUAACAGUGUCUACCAUCGAGUCUGAUAUGGAGCUCUCCAAGGACUUGGCGAACCGUCCAAGCCGUCAACCCCUUGCUACACCAAGCCACAGUCUUGUCCCCCGUGCACUGUCUCGACCGAGUCAGUUCGCGUGCCAGGCCAAGGCAUUACUACCUGGAAGGCUACAGGCUUCCAGGUUCAUUCUCAACAACGGCCUUAACGGUUUAAUUGCUACAAAUUACUUCCAGAAGUGGAUGGAUUAUUGUAUAAGUCAAUCUCGGAGUUGA